AUGUCGGUCGAUCAGUUGCCCUCUGCUGCUCCUGCUGUAAUCAUCAAACGAUUGACCUCGGUCGACUGUCCAGAAGUGCAGCAAGGCGCUCACCUUGUCGCUCACACCUUUGGAACCGAUUUUGGAUCCAAAUUCUUCCCCAAUGGAAUCACGCCAGCCAUUGUGCAAUUUCGAAGAGAGCAAAUUCAAAGGUACAUCAAGUUGGACGCGUUAGGGAAGCCAUUUAGGGCAUAUGUAGCCAAGCGAGAGAAGGACGGCGAUCUGCUCGCCAUUGCCUGCACGGCCAUUUCGUCCAAGGACGAUCCAGAGGACGAGUGGGAGAGUCUAGCGCGCAAGGCUCAGCCGCCAGUAGGAGACACUGGUCCUUCGUGGCGAUCAGCCUUGCAAGAGGGCUUUGGUAAGGCCAAGAAGCGGGCCAUCUCGCAGACGGGCGACGAGACUUAUCAAGAACUCGUCUACCUCGUCGUGACAGAGGCAGCUCGCCGCACUGGAGCCGGAACUGCCCUGCUACGCCAAGUCUUUGCCGACGUCGGGGACGACAUGCGGACAUUUCUUGUCACAGCUCCUACAAUAUCUGCGGAGCCCUUUUACCUCAAGCAUGAGCAUGCCAAACCUGUGAAGAAGAUGAAGCGCAAUCGGGCUCGCUCCAAUCAAGGGAGCGUCGUCAAGCUGGACCCCUUUCGUUCUUCAGACGCCAGUCCUCGUUGUCCGUCAGCAUCCUUCUCCUCAGUCUUUGACGACAUCCACGAGACAACGGGGACGGACUGUUCCUCUGCCAGUAUCCCGAGCAGCUACGCCUCGCACGCAGAGGGAGCAAUCGAAGUCGGAACACCUCAAUUGCAAUUUCGCAAUCGUACCUGCAGCUCAACAUCUAGCGUCAGACGGAGACCGCUCCGACUUGCCUCCAAGGCUACCGUACCCGCAACGGACGCACCUCGUUCUCGAUCUCCUUCUCUCUCCUACCGCAAACAGCCAUCUUGGCAACUCGAUAGCAAGAUGGCAUUGGACAGGAAAGCCCUUGCAGACGCACCUACCAACGCCACACCUAGUCACUGCUCAUCCUCCUCAAUCUACACUCACACUACAGCCUCGCGCUCUGCGGUCCCCUCCAGCAGCAGCUACGAGGCACAACAACAUGCUUUUCCCCGGCGGCCUAGUACACAGGGAAUGAGACCGUUGAAUCGAUCAGAAGCCCCUAUGGGUCCCGCUCUUGGCGAGGAAGAGGAGGCGGUCAGGGCAGAUGAGCCAGACGCGAAUCGCUUUGACAGCCUGCAAGACCUGCUCGAGCAGGCAGGAUACAAGGACACUCGUAUCGUUACUCCACAACCGAAGAGACUCGUGGACAUCACCAAGUCGAAGAGAGAUUCCAAUGGAACUCUCGAUUCAAAUGAGAGCCCCAUAGUCACUACCCGCCGCCUUGGAGGUAGCGCACAACCUGAUCAGUACAAGGGCAGCAGUAUGGCUUCUGGUCUGGCACAACAGUACGACGAUGGUCGUGCUGCUUCCGUCGGCCCGCUUGUAUCUGCCGAGGGUAAUAGUCAAAGAGAAAGGGCACCCUCAGCUAGUUCCAGCUGGUUUUCGGGCUUCUGGAAGGCUGGCAACAGUGUCACGUCCGCUCCGCCGGCGUCCGUUGCAAAGCUAGAGAACACUGCACCCUCAUCCGACGUAGACAACACCCCUCGCGGUAAGACUGCUGCUGUGGCUUCAAGCCCGCCCAAAUUCGAGCGCUCUUUGUCAUCACCACCACGUACCCAGGGGAGGAGGAACUUGGCCACAAAGUCGUCCACAAUCAGUCUCUGGAAAGGCAGUAGGAGCUACAAGAGCGCUGCAACUGCGAAUCCUAAUUUGUCUUCCUCGAGCCCGCCUCGCCUAGCUUCAAAGGCCUCUCUGGGCCAUUUGCGAGGCGGUGGCCACGCUGCUUCCGUUGGCGUCGGUAUCUCCGCUUGUGAUGGAGGCGCUGCAGCCCUGAGUUCGCUCCGGAACUCGGCAAGCAGGACAAGCUCACGCAGCGGUAGUGGCUCUGCAAAUGAUGCUGCGCCAGAAGUAGAUACCAUUGAUCUGGGCUUCGCAAGAAUGGGUGUGAAAAGCGCUGCGAUUGAAGAAUGGAGGAGGUCCCUGGUUGCCGUCAAAGGCCCUACCGAUCUGGCCGUCAGCUUCGAUAAUGAAGCUAGUGAUGAUGUAGACUCGCCUCCAAGGCUCAGGCUGAAGUCAGCGGCCCCGGCCCCAGUCGUGGUCUCAAAGGAUCUCUUUGCCUCUGUAGCAGGACCUGUUGUCAGCUCUGAGGCUGCUGUAGCUCCACGCAAUUCAGAGUGCUUCAAAGGACCGGAAGCUCGGGGUCUGCGACACGCAAAGUCAGUCGAGGCUCUGCGGAGCGCCCUGAACCAGAAGAAGAAGCCGGCCAUCAAGACGAGGCAUAGCACCAUUGGGCAGAGAGCGCCGAAAGCAAGUGAGCAACAGGUCCCCCCUGUACCAGCUCUGCCUUCCUUCCCGAGUGACGGCAGCAUUGCCUCGCUACUGAGAGACCAGCGAGCCACGACGACUUACCGAGACGUACUGCCGGGAGAGGCAGAAGUCGAGCCCCAAGAAUCGCCCGAGCGACCCCGUGGGCCGCCAGUCCUGACUGUUACUUCACCGUCCGGAGUGCACUCCCCGCAGGUGGUCAAGUUGGAGGGAAAAGAAUUUGAAGCUCGCACUUUCUCUCCUCCUGCUUCGAUCGAAGGCCGCAUGCUCAUCUCCGAAGGCUUCCUACCGGACCAGCUUCGCAAUUUCGACGCUCUCAUCUCAGCCGUCUCCGGGCGUGGACGUAGUCGCGGUCGAGUACCCAGGAGGAAAGAUGGCACAGAGUCUUCUCGCGACGGCUCGUCUGUAAGUGCUGAGUCGGACGUUUCUGAAGAUGGCGCAGCAGACGAAGUUGCUCAGCCCAGAAGGACACGACGAGGCCGCCGAGCUGGUCGGAAGCACGGACGUAGUAUCAAGAAUCUGGCGGCAGCGGCAGCAGCCGAUGCAGCCAGCGACAACGUCUCUAGCAGGAGCACGGAACAGUCCGCUGUGCCUGAGCACAACUUUGACGUCGAGUCCGUCACGAAAGAGAGGAGCUCGUCCACAGCACCAUCUGCCGAAGCAAGUACAGUGAGCUUCGGCUCCGCGUCCCAGAAUCUCGUCAAGAAUCGCGCCCAGGCUGACGACGAAGAGGAAGAUCCCUUCAUCGCUCAUGUCAAGGCUCAGGAAGAAGCCAAGAGGUCUUCCGUUGUUAGCAUUCUCGAGAAGAAGGGAAGCUGCCGAUCUGCCUCACCCCAUCAAGGCAUCGCUUCUAUCCUUGGCAGCGAUACCAGCUGCGACAACGACGAAAACGUCUCGCCCAACAGUUCAGGAGCUCGACCUUCCACGCCUCGCAGCUGCAAAGGUCGCAUCGUCGGACGCUCGCGUCCCAACUCGAUGGUCUCGAACGACAGCCGCGAGCCGCCGCGAGUGUCGAUCGACCCACAAGCUCGGGCACGCAUCAUUGCUUCUGCCAUCCCUCCGAGGGCUAUGAGUUCUCCAAGCGAGGCCAUGCACUCGCGAAAUGGCAGCUGGGACUCGCCGACGAAGGAAGUGGCGCAGAGGAUCAAGAAGAUGAGGAGCCGGAGAUUCUGAAGAGUGCAGACACAUUCCGAGCUGGCGCAUAGACCUCUAGACAAUCAUCUCAUUAUCGAACAUUCGAUGGCAACAUAUACCCCCACCCCUCAUGACACACACGACCCCGGUCCGGACCUCGACUUAAGACCUCUUUCCCUCCCUCCUCUACACGGAAUAUCUUUCUUUGCUUUCUGUCCUCAUACCUUUUCUUUGAUCCGUAUCAGUCUCACGACCAUCUUGGGCCUUUCGCCCCCAUCUCGCCAUUCGCCAUGUUCCCCUUGUGCUUUCAUUCUCCAGCCAGUACAUCAUCCAUCAGAUAUACACCUAUACUAAUUUCGCAGCCAGUACUUGUGUGGAACUGUGUCUGAGCAUAUCCAUCGAUCGGUCCAGGAAGGAAGACCCAUCUGCCCUGCUCCUCGAGUUGCAGCUUGGUCCAGCUCUGGCUUCUCGGGCGGCACAGUGGCGGGCGCGGGGGCGUGUG